GUUAAAGCAGAGUAAUUCACCACACCUUGCUCCUAUUACUCACAGUUCUGCGUGUCAUUGGAAAAUAAUGUGAUUUUGUUUACCAAAGUACAUUUAUUUAUUAUUAAACUCAUAUUUAAGUCUUUAGAAUGGCAGCUUCUUACGCAAAUCGUCAGCAAAAAGUAAGUGGUCGACUUGGCAGUCAGUCACAAAUGAUGAACACAGCCUCACAGCCAAACUUGACGGGGACUUUAAACCGGACUCAAGUUGAACGGCGACCUGCUCAAUUUAUUUCUGCCAGCAGCAAAAGUCGUUUAGAUUCUGACAACACUUCAAUUGAUGGACAAGAAAGUCCGGGAACCCUUAGGCGUAGUAGGGCCAAAUCGCAAGACAGGCUCAACAGCUCAAGCGGUAGUCUCGGUGGUAGCAGAAGCAACCUUCUAUCGUCAGGCCAGGAGCGACAACAGCCCAGUUCUACCAAACAACUGAACCCCAAUCUAAAGCCUAGACCCAGUCUUGAUGACAGCAGGGGCAACAUUGUGCCGAAUCCACAACUACAGCCCAACAGCCCAAACUACAGCAAUGUUCAAAACUACGCCAACAAUAACAAUAAUUAUGAAAAGGAUAUUUACAGUAAAACCUUGCCAAGAGACAAAAGAGACUCACAGCCUAGAGGCAGAGACACACAACCUAGAAACAGAGACACGCAACCUAGAGACAGAGACACACAACCUAGAGACAGAGACACACAACCUAGAGACAGAGACACACAACCUAGAGACAGAGACUCUAGAGAAAGAGACACACAACCAAGAGAAAGAGACUCUAGAGACAGAGACUCACAACCUAGAGACAGAGAUUCACACAGCAGUCACUCAAGUGUCACCAGCCAGCAAAGUGGGGCCGUGACAACGCCAAACCUCACCAGAUCCACAUCAAACUCAUCGUCCACUACCUCAGUGGUGGACAGUAAAUUUCAUGAGUUUGAAAAGGUCAGAGUUGAUUACCUGAGGAGAGGAAAGCUCUAUGAGGACACAGUAUUUUUACCUGUCAAUGCGUCUGCUUAUUUCAGCAGGGAGCCACCAAUGGCCUUGGAAUGGAUACGAGCAAAAGUAUGUUAAUGUUAUGUAAUCUGAUAAAUAAUUCCAUUUUAAUUAAUCAUGGACAGCAGUUAAUUUAUAUGUCCAGAAAUUCCCUUUUUUGACAUGGAGAGUUCUUUUUCACUUUGAGAGUGAGACAUUUUCAUUAAUAAUCCAAAUAUAAGCUAAAUAAUCCUAAAUUCCAAAACAUUCCUACAUGUGUUCCUAAACCAUGAUGGACCACAAAAGAUUUUCCACGGGUUUGGGGGCUGAAAUCAUAUUAUAUUCAUAGGUGUACUGAAAAAAUUUUUCCGAUGUGUUUUCAUUUAUACUAUUAAUAGACCUUUUUAAAUAUAUCGGGGUUUCCAAGUAAGUUUGUUUCUAUAAAAUGGCUCAAACAAUUUGGGCACAUGUGCUAUAUAUGAUUAAGAACAAUUAAAGGUUUUGUUGAGUUUUCCUGUAGGCAUUCCUAACAAAAAUUUGGUCCAUAAUUCAAGUUCAACUCUUUCUAAUUCAACAUUUUUUAAAAUGUAUUGAGUUAUGUUAGAACACGAUGCACGAUAAAAAAAACAAAAAAAAAGUUAAACCAUUUAACUUUUAUUGUUUUUACUCUCAUGAAAUGUUUAAGUUUAAAUAUUUUGUUGUUUUUAGGACAUUGCACGAACAAACAGGCAGGCACCAAAGUUUAUUAUCAACGAUAUUGAGCGAUUCGAUGUUGUACAAGGGGAAUUAGGUAUGUAUAAAUCUGAAGGAUAAUUUAUAUUCAGCUAUUUAUCUAAUCAUUUUGUUAUUUUUAACAUUUUUACCAACACAUUUGUCAAAUAAAAGCCCUUAUACGACAGGACUUAUCAACUAAAGUUAUGUUGCAUUUUCAGUUUUAUUUUUCAUCGUUACAAAAAUAAAAUUUCCUUAAUAAUCUUUUUCUGAAAUAUUACCUUGAUGUUGGUGAGCUGAGCCAUCAACUUUGGGGUGAGAAGUAGAAAGUCUAGAUAGAUAAUUUCAACGUACCGGAUAUCUAAAAAAAAAUGUUCUCUCACCAGGGGACUGUUGGCUUGUGGCAGCCAUGGCUUGUUUGGCCAACCCUGAACAUCGCAACCUCUUUGAUAGGGUUGUACCCCCGGGCCAGAGCUUUCAGGAGAACUGGUACUCUGGAGUUUUUCGUUUCAACUUUUGGCAUUUUGGGCAAUGGAAGCAAGUUCUUGUUGAUGACCUGCUGCCAACAUCCAACGGGCAGCUGGUGUUUGUGCAUUCGUUACAGUCUAAUGAAUUCUGGGCUGCCUUGAUGGAGAAGGCAUAUGCCAAGUUAGUAUAUUUGGGUGCUUUUGAAUCUAAGUACCGGUAUCAAAAUUAAUGAAUAUAUUGCAAUGUAUUUUUAUGGACGAUUAUACAAUUUUUCUACAAUUUGCAUCCAUCUAUAUGUGAGCAUUAUUGAAAAUAACCUAGCAUUGAAAAUGAUCUAUAUGUGAGCAUUAUUGAAAAUAACCUAGCAUUGAAAAUUAUCUAUAUGUGAGCAUUAUUGAAAAUAACCUAGCAUUGAAAAUGAUCUAUAUGUGAGCAUUAUUGAAAAUAACCUAGCAUUGAAAAUGGGUACUUACAAAAAAGCCAAAUAAAAACUAUGAAUGAAAAUAAAAUAAUAUGCACAUAUACUACUGAAUAAUUAACUAUACUGUGUGAUUUAAUAUGUAUUAUUUGGGGUUAGGUAUUUAAAACCCUUUUCCUGCUUGAAAAAAAAGACAUUUAUCAUAUAUUUCAGACUUUAUGGCUCAUAUGAAUCAUUAAAAGGGGGUCAGAUGAUGGAUUCUCUCACUGACCUGACAGGUGGCGUCACAGAACAUUAUGAUAUCAGAGGUCCAUUGCGGGAUAUACCUACUAACAUUGUUAACAUACUUUUCAAGGCUCUUGACAGGAUGUCACUCAUUGGUUGCAGCAUAGAGGUAAGAUGCUCUCUGAUUGGCCGAAGAAUAAAAGUUAAGAGAAACAAAUUUAUUUUUUGCAAUUAAGUAUUUAGUACUAUUAGUCUAUCCUAGAAACUGAGCUGUUGUUUUUUGUUUUUUUUUGUCUUUAAGAAUUGUCCUUAUGCUCUCUUUUAAAGGGAUCACCUCAGAAAGAUCUUGGCAAUGGCUUGAUUGCAGCACAUUCCUACAGCGUUACCGAUCUUCGACAUGUAAGCAUAUAUUGUCUAAUCUUACGCCUUUACUAAAUGUAUCAUUGUAUCAUUUCCUUUUUUUUUGCUCUCCUUAUUUUAGCAGGAGUAAAAUUAUUUGUGAAUAUUUUUUUUAAUUAAUCAAAAUUUGUUUGUUUCAUACCACCAUAUUUAAUUCAUUAAAAUUUUUUUUUGUUUUUGUCAAAAAUUUUGGGCAUUAAAAAAAAGAAGAAAUAGGUGGAUUGGGGAUUUUGUGUUAUAUUUAAAACAUCAUGCCUCUGUUGGACCAAAAUAAUAUAUUUACUUGCUGGUAUAUUUUAGAUACUCGCUGGACAGCAGCCUGUCAUUUUAAUCAGGAUUCGUAAUCCUCAAGGUGAAGGCAACGAAUGGCGGGGCAGAUGGAGUGAAUGGUAAAGACAACUCUUUCAUAAGUUAUUUGUAAAUUUUAUUUGAAGCCACCAUAUCAUAUUAUGUUUUAUUGCGGAAUACUUUUUUUUUUUCAAGAUGAUUAAAUUUUAUUACUUGCUAAUUGUCUUCGUAUCUUUUUUAAAAAUUUAGUAUUGAAUCUAUUUUUAGUGAACAGUUCACAGAGGGAUGAAUCUGUCCAGGACAGCAUAUUUAGCCUUGAAUUUAUGUUUAGUGAAAAGUUCACAGAUGAAUUAUGAAUGAAGCUUUCUUAUAUUUUAAUAAUGGACGUAACUGAAUUUAAUUUAUUAGAACAGCUAGUAAAAUAGAGGGAAAAUCAUUUCAAGUUUAAACCAAUUUUACAGAACUAAACGAGUAAUAAUAUGUCCCACGUUGGCUAGUAAUUUGUUUCUUUUAAAUGUAAUUAUUGCUAAACUAUAAUUUAAUCAGAAAACUCAUUAAAAUCAUCACCUAGUCCAUUAAAUUGUAUAUGUUCAGGUCCCAAGAGUGGCAACAGAUUUCCCCGGACAACAGAGCCAAACUUGGGCUCAUUGUCAGAGAUGAUGGCGAAUUUUGGUAAUUUGGGGAAUGUGUGUGGUGUAGAUGUUUGUCUAAUUUUUGGAAUGUGUGUGGUGUGGAUGUUUGUGUUUUUGAUGUGAUUUAUUUUCCUAGAAUAACAACUACUGGUACAUAAAUACCAAUAAGUACAAUACAUAAUGCUUCAUAUGUUUGUUUUAAAAUUUUAGGUAACUACAUGAAUUGUACAAGUCUAGGCUAUAUAUUUUGUAGCUGAAAUCUUAGAUAAAAUAUGAGGAUUCUUCAUGACAUUAUGGUAAUUUUAUUCUGUGCCAUUAAAAUUAAGAAGUAUAUGUUCCACCUAAGUAACAAAAUAAAGUUUUUAAUAAAAUGAACCAUUGUCUCCUAUCAGGAUGGACUUUGAGGACUUUUUAGGCAAUUUCGAUUCACUGGACAUUUGCAAUGUAACACCAGAUGCUCCCCUUGAUGUUCAGAAAAAAUGGCACACUGUUGAGUUUCACGGGCGCUGGAUUGAGAAUUUUAAUGCUGGUGGUCGACCAAUUAAAGAAGGUUAGCAUUUUAUUUCAAUAUAACUUGAAAUUCAGGAUAGAAAAAAAAAACAGAAUAAAAUCCAUGUAUAUUAACUUUUAAAGUAAUAUAAGUUUUAAUUAAAAUGCACUAUAAAGGGAACAAUCACAUUUUCAACCAUCACAACAUUAUUGGUUCAAUGUGAUUACAAAAUUUAUUUAUUUUUAAAUCAUAAAAUAUGAAACCAAAAAAAAUUAUGAUAGAUGGAAAAAAUAGUUCAUAAUUUAAAUAAUGCUUUUCAGUCACACUGUGUUAUUGAAAAGUUUCAAACAUCUUUUGGUGACUUCAUUUUCAUAUUUCAAUGAGCUGAAUAUUUUUUUAAAUAAUAAUUUUUUCUUUAAACAAUUCCAUUUAAAAGUUAUAACUAUUUCAAAUUAAUAUUGUCCCUGUUUCUAGAUACCCACUGGUCCAACCCCCAGUAUUUGAUGAAACUUGAGGACACAGAUGAAGAUGAGGACCGUGUGUGCAGUGUUGUUGUUCAACUAAUGCAAAAAGACAGGAGGCGAAUCAAGCAGAAGGGAGAAAUAUUUUUGUACAUUGGCUUCUCCAUUUACCAGGCAAGUUAAACAGGAUUAUUUGUCUUAAUGCAAAAAACACAUUUCUUCUUAUACCGCUUAUGUAAGCUAAGAGCACAAAAUAAUAAUUCAGCAAAGACAUAAGUGUUUUGGAAUUAUUUUUAGUGACACCUUAAAAUGUUAGUAACAAAUUCUCAUUAUUGAGUUACUGUUGUUAAAAUAGUUAGACACUCUUGCAGAAAGAAAAGGGCUACUCCCUGCCUCUGAAAAAAGACUUUUUUGAUGUCCACAAAGAGGUCUACACGUCUGGUGCAUUCCUCAACGUCAGACAGAUCACAAAAAGGUUCUCACUCCCUCCAGGAGAGUACAUUCUGGUGCCGUGUACCUGGGAGCCCAAUGAAAACGCUGACUUCUACUUACGUUUUUUCUUUGAAAAGGGGAAUAUUGUUGAGUGAGUCAGUUUAUUACUCCUUAACACUUAUGGACUAAGAGAUUGGUCUUUACAGUAAUGAACUCUAAGAGACUGGUCUUAAUAGUAUGGACUCUAAACGACUGGUUUUAAUUUUUUUCUUCUUAAUUAUUUUAUACUGAAAAAAAUAUGCUGUAAAUUGUGAUCCAAUUCAAAUACAGAAAUGUCAGGUAAUUGUGGUAGAAACAGCUUGAAAUAAAACAUUAUUUUUUUUUAUCUAACUGCCUUUGGCAUAAAUAACUUGUUAUGAUUGUCUUUUUUUAAAUUUAAGAGCUAAUUUGUUAAUAAUUAAUAGAGACAAAAUAAAAAUUAAAAAAAAACCAAAUAUUAUCAUAUUAUCAAGCAAUUUUGCAUGUUCAUCAGAAUGAAUAUUUUUAAUUUGCAGGUAUUGUGAUGACAAACCUGAAAAAGUUGAUGUCCAGCCAUUACCAGUGCCACCAGAUGGGAAGGCCAUUGAAGAAGCUUUCAAAAGUUAUUUCCACAAAGUUUCUGGGGAGGUAAUAGUAAUAGCAAUGAGUUUUGCAUUAGAUAUUAUCAUCUACCAGUUGUUGUUUGUGUUUGCUUUGGUGUAGACGUCCAUGUACAGCAAUGGUGUUUCUCCUCUUUUUAUGUCAAGUUAUCUUUAUUAGAUCUUGAAUAUUCUAAUUUUUUUGGUAAAGUUUUAAUUAUUCAUUGAUGUUAACUCUUCAGGAUAUGGAGGUGGAUUGUUUUGAGCUGAGAGAAGCUAUAAAUGACAGUUUAAAGAGAGGUACUUUCAUAUAAAUAAUUAAGAGCAAAUAAAUAAUAGCCAAUAUGUAUAAUGUUAUGUAAGUUUCUUUAAUGUUACAAAAUUACUCUUAUAAAAGUAUAUGCCUAAUCUGAAAGUUUGCUUUAAAAUAAUUUCAUUUAUUUCUAGUUCUAAGAAAUCAAAAUCUCUUCUUGAAAUGAAUUCAUUUAAAAAAGGAUACAUUUUUAAAAAAAUAAGAUAUUGAUUCUUGCUUUACAUUACCGGUAUAUCAGAUUAUCAUUUUUUUAAAAGUAUUUCUUUUGUUUCAGAUCCCUUGCAUCGAGACAUCAGUUUAGAAGCCUGUAAAACAUUUAUAAGUCUAAUGGAUGUAUCCUUUAAAAAAAUAUGCAUAGCUUUGUCCAGUGAUCAUCUUAUACAACACCUUUUUAAAUAUCACCUCUUGCUGUAAAGGUUUAUUACAUUUUUACAGAGUUUUCUUAGAACUUAUUACCAGUAACUAACUUCAGGUCAAAGUGAAAAAAUAAUAUGUCUAAACGACUCAAAUAACAUGGCUAUUAAGAGAGGGAGAGGCACCUUGAAUUAGAGUGCUUCUAAUGUGACUUGAAAGAAACAUAGUUAAAGUAAAACUUCAUAGGUUGCAGGUCUCCCAAAUUGUACACCUCUGUAUGUUGUUUAAAUCUUGCAGUCAGAUUUACCUUAAGUUUAGCUAAGGUGGAUGGUAGCGGUCGACUGGGAUUCGUUGAAUUUCAAUUUCUGUGGAGUCAUAUCAGGAGCUGGAAGGUGAGCAGUAAAUACAACUUCCUAUUUUAAAGAUAAAUGGGGUUGAAACAGUUUUAGAUUUAAACAAAUUUUAUAUUUAUCAAACUUAUUAACUUUUUCUAUCGUAGAUGAUUGUCAUCCAUUGACUUGUAUUACAAAAUAAGUCUAUUUUGAAGGUGAUCCCAUUCAGUUAGAAAAUUUUAAACUUAAUCUUUCUUCCAGACAAAAUUUUCUUGUAGAUGAAAUAAUCUUAAUUUAAUUUUUCUUCCGCAGAAAAUCUUCUUCCAGUUUGAUACAGACAACUCUGGCCUUUUAGAUGGCAGGGAACUGAGAUCAGCCCUUAGUGGACUUGGUGAGUUUAAGAUGAAAUGAUUUUUUUUUGAAUUUAUGGAACACUAUACCCUGUAAUUGUCUUAUUUUGAAAAAUGUGACUCAUUCCAUCUGUAGUAUAUAAGCCCUUCAACUAAUUCUAUUUAUCGAGAUAUUUAUUUAUUUAUUUAUUUAGGCAUUUUUAUAUAGCGCUUAUCAUAAAGCUCUAAGCGCUUUACAAUUAUUAAAACAUGUAAACUAAGUAAAUACAAAUGAGACACUAGGAUAGUAACUACUAUUCUAUAGAAACAAUGAAAAUGGCUAUAAAACGAGGACACUUUGACACUUCAGGAUCAACCCGAAACAGAAAAUGAGGUAGGGCAAGGAGGGUGCAUCACAGGUCAUAGGCGGACCUAAACAGAUGAGUUUUAAGGGACUUUUUGAAAAUGGACGAGGUUUCACUAUGACGUAUAUGGAAGGGGAGCUGGUUCCAGAACGUGGGCCCAUGGAAGCAGAAGGAGCGUUCACCGAUGGUCUUAGUUUUAGUUCUUGGGAUUGAGAGGGUUCUACUGUCAAUGGAAGAACGUAGUUGUCUUGUGGGGAUGUAAGGAAGCAACAGUUCAGAGAGAUAGACAGGAAAGUGAGGGUCAGUGAACGAGUUGAAGCAAAGUUUGGCAGACUUGUAUUUGAUGCGAGAGGAUAUUGGAAGCCAUUGGAGUUGCCGCAUGUGUGGUUGAAUGUGGUCAUGUUUCUUUGAUAUCUGAGAUAUACAAGCAAACUUAUUGAAAUCUGAGCUUAUUUUCCCUUUGGGCAUAGAAUAUACAUUAAAUCAUUAAUUAAGAAUAAGAUUAAUUAGGUAAAAUGUAAAUAAUUAAAAGUAUAAUUCUGUCUGUCUCCAGGCUACAAAGUGACCAACAAGUCGUUGGCCUCAUUGUUGUUCCGUUUCGCUGACCAAAACGGAAAGAUAAAUCUUGAUGACUUUCUCAUUUUGAUGGGGCGACUGAUGAAAUCUUUCAGUAAGACCUAUGACAUUUCCAUGUCUUUUGUCCCGCUAUGCUUAAAAAAUUCAUCCUUCUUAAUUCCAUUAAAUUCCUACUCAAGAAUAUCCAGACACCAUUUGUUUUAUUGCAUGACAUAAGACAAAGAUGCCGAGUCUUCAAAUUGCAACGAUUCUCACUCAAAGGUUUUACAUCUCACAGUGUUCAAAUUGACUCCAUACAUUUUUAAAAAAUGAACUGUAGGCUGAAAUAUAUACUUUUAUUUAAUUUUUAAAAAAAGAGCCUGAGAAAUAGUUGUGAGUUUGACUUUGAAAAAUAGUUAUGACUUGAGAAAUAGUUAUGACUUGAUCAAUAAAAGAAAAUGAAAAGUCAAAUUUAAAACACUUCUAAUACUUUCUCUAAAUUUAUUCCAAAUGUAUUCCAUAUUUUUUCAUUUCAAAUGCAUUAAAUUAUUUUAUUUAAAUUGUAUUUCAUAUACCGCUAUAGUAAUAUUAAUUAUUAAUUUAAAACCCAUUACUUAUGUAUUUAAAUGUGCAAGGCUUAUAUUGGAGAUCAACCUGACAAUUUUCUUCAACAGAUUCAUUUCAUGAAUACCAGAAGGACGGUUCAGCCACCAUCUCAUUAGAACAGGUAAAUUUUUCAUUAGAGCAGGUAAAUGCUAGAGACUCAUUACUUUUCUUUAUUUAUUAUCUAAAGCAAUCUCUGCCUGUAUUUCUACAGCAUUUGUCAUUCUCCUAGUCCUAGAGAGAAAAACUGGAUUCCCUAUACCUCAUUUUAAGAAAAAUGUAAUCCCACCAUUCAGUUAAAACAUUAAUUCAUUUGACCUUGACCUUUCAGUGGCUUGAGAAGAACCUGGUUUGAUUGAUGCAGUUAUUUAUGGCAGUGGACACAAUCAAAGUCAGCAAAGACCAAACAGCUUGAACAAAUUUUGGGGAUUAAUACCAGUACUUUAUAAAUUUAUUAUUUUAUUUUUAAAAAAUUAUUUUUUUUAAGAAGAGGAGAAUAAUGUUCAUGGUAAUAUUAGCCAGCGUGAGGGUCAUCAUUUUUCCUAAAGUUAUAUUAACACACCUAUUUGCACCGGUAUGUAGCCAAAUUAACUUUAUAAAGAUUUAUUUAAAGUUUAUGUACAUAAAAAGAACCAAGUCCUUAACUUUUACCAAGUGAGAAUACUAUUAUAACAUUCCUUCCCAAAAUCUAUGUAUUGUAUUUCGUACAAAAGUGGGUAAAAUGAAGAUCUGAUAUUUGAUAACUCAGAAAGAACACUGGAAUUGAAAAUUGAAUGGAAAUGAAUUAAAAAAUUUGUUUAAAGUUAAGUUGCAUUAAUUUGUAGUCAAUGGCAUUACUCUUACUGAGAGGGUUCUUAACUUAUAUGGCCUCUUUACCCAGUUGUACCCAUUAUUUAUAAAAAGGUUGAAAACAGCCAUUUAUUUUCAUUCGAGUGGCCAUUUAUAUUUAUAUCUUUUUUUUAAAUGUGUCAUGUGAGUAUGUAAGCACAUACUUUUUUUAAAAUGAUUAUUUCUAUAUUUACAUUAUGUAAGUAACACUGCCCUGUUUAUCGUUGUUUUCUGAGAUCAUUUCUGAUCUUAUACCAGUAUUCAAUCCUCUUAUCUCCACUGAUUUGUUUUUACCAUGAGUCCUAUUUGGCAUGAACUCAGAACAUUAGUAUUUUUUAUGGCUUUUACUUUUAGCUUUAAAAAAGUGUAAACUUGUUUUUUUUUAAAUCUUUUUUUUUUUUCUAUUAUAGUUAUAGUCAUAUCAUAACCAUUUAAUCUCAUUGAUUUGAAGAGCAUAAACCGACUUUGGGAAUAUUAGGAAUUCCAAAGUAAAAUAUAUAUAAUAAAUUAUAUACCGGUAGUAAGAAUUAGAACUAUGCAAUGAAAGGUCAUAUUUGUAUUUAAACAUUAAAAAAAUCAUAAAGGGCCAAUUUUUUCUUUUGUUAUCUAAUUUACUGUGCUUCAAGCAGGUGAAACCCAGGUGAUGAAUUUUUUCAAUUUGACACUGAACUUGGAAAUGACCACUGAAAAAUCCAAGAAUUAGGCUAAGAACAGUAUUUAUAGUUUGUCUCUAUCAAAUCAAUUCUUUUAUUUGUAGUGACUAUAAUUCACACGUGGAUAAGAGUGACUAUAAUUCACACAUGGAUAAGAGUGACUAUAAUUCACACGUGGAUAAGAGUGACCAUGUGGAUAGGUUUUACAAAUAAAACAAAUACUCCUGCCCAAAAAUAUUGAUUCUAAUUGAUACCUGGUCACAUUCAAAUUAUCCCUAUAAAAUUUGUUAAAUUGUUUGGUAAAGAGGGAUUGCACUACCUAGGCCAAGGGUCCUGUGACGUUCAGCUUGGCUUGAUGAUCAAGUCCUGCAUUGCCAUCGAGAAGUUACGACUCGUGAUAAACAUGUUGUCUUAUAGUAUAUCUUUUCUCUGCUCCUUUUGUUAACAAUCCUUC